AGCUUGUAGCUUGCAGGCGCUCAGACUUGGGCAAAUAUUUCACUCCUUUAACUGUUUGUGCCCGCUGCAGAUUAGAGAUUAAUGAGAUAGCAGGACGUGAUCUGGGCCAGCCUGUCCCUCCAGGCAUUAUGCGUUCAGAAGAUUGAUGCUUCAUUAAACCUCUUAGAGGAGAAGAGGAGCCAGGGCAGGCAGACGGGCAUCUCCACUCCGCACAAUUCUCUACCUGCGCUCUCCACUGCCUAUGUCCCUGCUAUUGAAUGAGGACAUGCAGCCGGCUACAGCUUCAGUACUGGAUCUGUCAAGGACUGUUCUGAUCACAGAGGAGAAAAACAAUUCCUACAACAGCACAGGUCAGUGUAAAAAGAUUGUGGCGCCCGAGUCCGGCUCCUACCAUAUUGUGCACGGCAAUGGCUCUUCAGUGGGGACUGUUAUCAUGUUCCAGUGCUCCUCUUCCUAUCAGCUGGUCGGGGACGGGUUAACCACCUGCAUCUGGAAGGGUAAUAGCACCUUAUGGACGUCGGGAGCACCAACAUGUAAACCUUUAUCAAAGUACGAGACGUUUGGAUUUAAAGUUGCAGUCAUUGCCUCCAUUGUAAGCUGCGCCAUCAUUCUGCUCAUGUCGAUGGCAUUUUUGGUUUGCUGCCUGGUGAAAUGUGUGAAGAAAAGUGAACGGAGAAGAUCCAAAAGAGACAAGGUCAUAUGGCAUCAGUUAGAAUGCGAAGAACUGGAGAACAUGCAGGCGGCAUAUUUCGCAAUGAAAGGGGGAAAUAACAAUAACAACAAGCCAGCGAGGCGGCCAAGAAUCGACGACUGGCUCAAUAUGGUUUACGAGAACCAAGGGUUUUGUAGAUGCCAUGAUGUAUGGAGGAAGGACUGCGCACCACACAGUUCUAGAGAUGGGCAUUGUGGGUUUUGUCUCAGUAAAGAGCGGCCCAGCAGACAUUUUGUUCCAGGCUGCAGUGUUGCAAUACAAACUGUAAGCGGAGUGCAUGUUGUAGAAGUUUAUGGACAUGAAAAAGACGUUCAGAGGAGACUUGAGCCACGUGUUCCUGAGUAACAUUUAUUGAGACAGCCAGCCUUCUGGGACUUCUAUGUAAUGUUACAACUAUGUGCCUUAUACACCAAUGGAAUAUGGACCUUACAGUAUUUCCUGUAAAAUGUCAGCAAUUUUCUUCUGAUUCAUCAUAGGUAGUUUUUUACUUGGGAUGCCUCCUUCAGCUGCCACAGCCGAUGAAUGAUAACACUUUUUUUUUUUACAAUGGCCUGUUACCUGCGAUUAUAGUUUUACAUGGACAUGAAUUAAGCUGCAGUAGACUUUUACUAUUUACAGUUGAGAGCUAAAAGGUUACAUAGACUUGUUUCUUAUAAUGAAGGAUAAAAGACAUUAUACAAAUGAUGGAUUCUUCAGUUUUGGGUUAUUAGCGGUAAGUUGAACCACCCUCUGGCUUCUAUAAUCAGAGACUCCAGUGGCCAAGAUUCCUCCACUAUAGUUGUGCCUCUGCCCUCUCUUUCUGAGA